AUGAGUCACAACGUACCCCGUUUCCAGCAGCGCAGCUGUGUGCAUUCCUCCGCGCCGGUCAAUGUUCCUGCAGACGGCUCCUAUGACACCGCAAACCCUGGCUACAUCCGCAAAUACCUUCGAUCGUACGGUCUGACGCCUCCGCACGUGGAAAGCUAUGAGACGCAAAAGACAAGAUGCCUGAGGCAACUUGCUGUGAAAGCAACCGCCAUCGACAAGUUCCUCUACCUCAGCACUCUACGCCGGAACAACGUCCAUCUUUUCUACCGUUUGGUUGUAGACCAUCUAAAGGAACUCACCCCGCUGAUAUACACGCCCGUUGUGGGUGAAGCUUGUCAGAGAUGGUCCGAAAUAUACCAACAGCCUGAAGGAAUGUAUAUCAGUUACGAGGAUAGAGGCAAUAUUGCAGCUGUCAUCCAAAAUUGGCCCCAGCCACACGUCGAUAUAACCGUUAUCACCGAUGGCUCUAGAAUCCUUGGCUUGGGAGACCUUGGCAUCAACGGAAUGGGUAUCCCCAUUGGAAAGCUUGCCCUAUACACCGCCUGCGCUGGUAUCAGGCCGGAAGCCACUCUGCCUCUAACCCUAGAUCUGGGAACGAGCAAUAAGGCGUUGAGAGAAGAUCCUCUUUAUCUAGGUAGUCGUCGAAACAAGGUGAGCCCAGAGCAAGAAUUGGAAUUUAUGGACGAACUGAUGACCGCUCUGACUGAGAAAUGGCCUGGCGUGGUCAUUCAAUUUGAAGAUUUCAAGAACCCAUUCCCAGCUCUUGAACGGUACCGCCAUAGAUUUACCUGCUUCAAUGACGACAUCCAGGGAACCGGUGCUGUUAUCCUUGCUGGAGUCAUAAAUGCCGUAAAACAAUCUGGCAUUCCGGCUAAGGAGCACAAAGCCGUCUUCCUUGGAGCAGGAAGUGCUGGUGUUGGUGUCGCCAAGCAAAUUGUCGAUUUCUUCGUUCGCGAAGGAAUGACGGAAGCCGAGGCCAAGGCCUGUUUCUACCUCGUUGACACAAAGGGUCUCGUGACGGCGGAUCGAGGGGAUCAGCUUGCCUCGCAUAAGGUUUACUUUGCACGAACUGAUAAUCAGGGCCUGCAGUUAAAAACAUUGAGUGAGGUUGUUGAUCACGUCAAGCCCACCAUGCUCAUGGGCCUGUCGACCCUGGGAGGCGUAUUUACCCCAGAGAUCCUCAGAAGUAUGGCCUCCUUCAGCAAGCGACCCAUAAUCUUCCCCCUUUCGAACCCGUCCGCGAACUCGGAAUGCGACUUCGAAUCUGCCAUCAUACACACCGAUGGUCAGGCAUUAUUCGCCUCCGGCUCUCCCUUCCAGCCAUUUUCCUAUAAAAACUCCACCGGACAGAUAAAGACUUACUACCCAGGUCAGGGCAACAACAUGUACGUUUUCCCCGGUAUCGGUCUGGGGACCAUCCUUAGCAAAGCCGUCGAAGUCACCGACAGCAUGAUCUACGCAUCCGGCGAAGCUCUCUCCAAAACCCUUACCUCAGAGGAACUCGAACACGGCCUCCUCUACCCAGACCUCACCCGGAUCAGAGAUGUGAGCGUCAUCGUAGCACGCGGAGUCAUCCGCGCAGCGCAGGAGGCAAAGGUCGAUCGGGAAACGGGAAUUCGCGAUCUGAGCGAUGCAGACAUGGAUGCCUGGAUCCGGUCGAAGAUGUACGCACCACAUUCCGAAGUUGCGUCGUUGGAGCGCGAGGUGGGUAUCCUGCUCUCGUCGAUUGGCCGGCCGAGCUAUAAUAAUAAUAAUGGCUGGUAG